UUAAUUCGAAACCACUGACAUUCGACGAAGUUUAUAACCAAAGUAGUCCGACAAAUUGCACAGUCUAUUGUGGAGGCAUAACAAAUGGUCUGACAGAGGAACUCAUGCAGAAAACAUUUGCUCCUUUCGGAACAAUUCAAGAAAUUAGGGUAUUCAAAGAAAAAGGAUAUGCUUUUGUGAGGUUCUCUACAAAAGAAUCGGCUACACAUGCGAUAGUCGCAGUGCACAAUACCGACAUCAAUGGACAAAUUGUGAAAUGUUCAUGGGGAAAGGAAUCUGGAGAUCCCAAUAACGCACCUGUGCCUGGUCAGGCAAUUGCAGGAACCACUUUCCCCUACAGUGCAUAUGGUCAGCAACUGAGUUACUGGUAUCCCCAAAGUUACCCCGCUGCCAGUUCCACGCAAAUACAGGGUCAGUUUCUAGGGGGCAUGCAAGGCUAUACUUACGGUCAAUUUGGUGGUUAUCAACAAUCAUAUAUGGGAAUGGGUCUUCAGGUGCCAACAGCAGCAACAGCAUGGCAAGGUAUUCCAAGUCAACCUCAAAUACCUGCCACUCCUCAACAAAUAACUGCACCCACAGCAACACUGCAGCAGCCAGGUCUCGUUUUUCCUAUCCAGCAAUACCAAGCUCAAUGAAACACACACAAUUGUCAUCAACCCGACAUAGUGAUAUAUUAAAUACCAACAAGAUACCGUAUCAGUAAAUAAUCGCGGAAAUGUAAUUUUGUGCCAAUUUUCAAGUAGUAACAAUGAAAACAACCAUAGAAGUCUUAAGUCCAUCCAUUUUAUGUAGAGCUGGCGAGGACUAAAGCUUCAAUUGUUUCCGAACAUGGUAUGAAUGCUGAAAGGUUGAGAAACCUGCCUAUCUGCACUGGCGUCUGCCGCCUAGCCUAGGCUGCUACUAGCCUAGCACACGCUCCACCUUUAGUUCACUGGUUUCACGACUUUGCAUGAGUACAUCUUUCUUAUUUCACGCGUCUUUUGGCAGAUAGGAGAGGACGACUGGCUCUCUUCCAGCCUUCUGGUAUGAUUAUAAUGAAACGGACCAUUGAAGCAAGAAACAUAGGAAGACGCAGCCUGACCGAUGCGGAGUCAUGAAGAUCAAGACACUUUGGGCCUCGACAUCUCGUACCGUCUGCUCUCUACAGUUUAAGGAUCAACUUAUUUUACUUGAGAUACCUGUACUUCUGCGGUAGGGUUGUAAUGAUGAACAAAUUAGAAUAUAAGAGUUUAUAUUUGUGAAGAAUUAAGUGUGGUUCCAUUCGAUUGGGUUUGACUUGUACAAACACAACUAGAAUAGAAGAAAGGAAGCUAGAUAGAAGAUAUAGAUAGGUUAGUUGGUAGUUAUGUAAUCGAAAAAACACGGAUCCGAACAUAUACAAUGAUCACAAACCACCACGGAUCAAUAAUUCGGAAAAGUCAAUACACGUCAAGAAUGAUAUCGAAUGCACUAGCGUCAAUGAGUCAAAUUCAUAUUUGAUGCACGUGUUUCCGUGUUUAGGCAUCUUAAUGAAAAUGGACGCAAGUGUGAUAUAAAAAUAUAUAAAUUAUUCAACGUGAUAUCCCAAAAUCUGACAUUUUAUAUAAUAUAUAUAAUGAAUGAUGAAAAGUUUUGAUACAAGAUUUAAAGUAUACCGCAGAUGUAGAACAUAGAACGAUGAGUAUUACUUAGCAUUUAUAUAUGACUAGCUGUAUGUUCGGUAAAGACAGUAUAUAUAACUUGCACGCUAAUCUUAAGACGCACCACAUAUAUAACGGCUGUAUUAGUGUCUAAGUGUAAAGAUAAAUCACUUGUCUAGUGCUCUGCCCUUCAAAAAACACGCAUUAUCAACGUUGUCCUGACACUUACAAUUGUGAGAAACUCUCGUGUCUUAUACCUCUAUCUUAUUCUUGAUAGCUCUCAUUUCAUGAACAUCCGUUAUAAAAAUCAUCAAAAGUAACUAAUUUGUAGAAGACACGAAAUAAACUAACAUGAAUAUGUCAAAAAUUGUUCAAAAUUCAUCAGUUAUGGUGACGAAACUUAUCCUUUCAAUCAUAUUUUUCACUCCGAGAUAUCCUUCGAAAUCUCAUAAUUAUCGAGUACGAAAUAAUGUCAUGAUAAAUGAAAUAUAUAACAUAGGCAACGAUCUUAUAAAACAAGGAAAUUAUACUGGAUAUCAGCAAUUUCUAUCUUUGUCGUUGUGGCAUAGUUUCCUUUUUCAUACCAUACCGUUGAAAGAGUUAGAAUCAAACUGGUAAUAUGGUUUAAAAUUGAAUAGUUGAAAAACUAAUUGUAUUUUCCAAUUUCUUUUUAGUAUACUUACCUACGUUGUAUUCUUAAUUUGUUAACAACUCCACGAUGCGUCUUGGCUCAUGAGUAACCCCGUUACUUCAUAUAAUAUCUUAAUUAUCUUAAUAGUGUCAUAAAUUUAUAGAAUCAUAACAGAAUCGCUGUUCUAGAAGAUUUGGAUACGAUACGAUAAAACCUACUGAAGAACGGUGGCAUGAAAUAUUUCAUAGUACUAAUACGUUCAUUCGGAAAAUAAACAGCAAAUAUACCUAUUAUUUACUGAAAUGUGCCGACUUAACAGUCAUAUGGUUUGGUAACUCAACAAACUUGAAAAAUAAUUGAAUAUCUAUGUACAAAAUGGUUUAGACU